GUUCAUCCCAUAUCGAGGCAUAUCCUACAUCCCCACGUUUCCCCCAGUGUUUCCUUAUACAUUGCCCAAGCUUUGCCCGGACGCACCAUGAAUCGGUUCCAAUUCAGCGACUCCGACGGGUCAUCCGAUUUCGAUGAAGACCAAUCCGGGCUUCCCUUCCCAGAACCGCUAUCCCGCACCUCAUUCCUCGCCCCUGACUUCGAUCCAGCGAAUUUCCUAUCGUCAUUAACAAACCGACAUCAGAGCCUCGAGGAUCUUCGACAGGAACUGCGGGGACUAGAGCAAUUAUUGAACAAAGAGCUGUUGGAUCUUGUCAAUGAGAACUACCAGGACUUUCUCUCAUUAGGCAGCUCACUUCGCGGGGGAGAGGAGAAAGUCGAAGGUGUGAAGGUUGGGGUUCUUUCUUUCCAGCGCGAUGUCAAAUCUAUCCGGGACAAGGUCGAGGCGCGGCGGCAGGAAGUGGAAGAGCUGUUGAAUGAGAAGCGGCGGUUACGAACGAACGCCGACAUCGGCAAAGAUCUGUUGGACUAUGCGGAUCGGGUGGAGGAAUUGGAACACCGGUUGAUGAUAGUGGACAAGUCAUCGCAAAAAGAGGCCACACAGGACGAAUCCGAUACCGAGUCCGAUCUGUACAGCGGCGAAAGUGCAGACAGCGAUGACGACGAGCUACCGGAUGGCACUCCCGCGAUUUCAUUGAAGAGGAUGGAACGCCAUGCCCAGAAGUUUGUCUACUUGACCUCGAUAGCUGCCCGGGUCGGCGAAAAACAUCCCUUCCUGCUUGCCCAGCAACCACGAGUCGCGAAGAUCAAGUCCACAGUGCUCCUGGAUCUCAAAACUGCCCUGGAGCAGACCACCGCUGGUGGUAAACAGGGCAAAAGCGACGCUAGGACAAUGGCAAUUCUGCGUCUCUACGAGCUUAUGGGUGAGGAUGUCAGUGCCGUCGCCGCGCUGAAGAACCUCAAGCUGUAA